AUGGUUAGCAUAAUUAAUGACGAAAAUAAUGAAAUUGUAAGCAGGUUCGGGCCUGAUGCUAAUAACCCUGAUAUCCUCUCACAUCUAGAAAAUUUAUCGAAACUAUUUGCCAUUACCUCUGAAGACUUAUACAUCAAAUGGGAACAAUUUUCUUACCAAACGUUAAAUAAUGAAACUAGUCUUUCUAUGAGGAACUUAACCCAAUUCAAGAGCUUUUUACAAGCACAAAUUGAGAAGCAAGCCAACGCUGCGGUGGGUAACCUAUCAAACUCAACUACUAGCAAUACUAGCAAUUCAGUUCCCACAGCCAAGAAACCCAAGAAUAUUAGACCAUUAACUGCGAACUCCUCCUUAUUUGGAUUCAAUAUUCCUAAAACUCCCAUUUUGACUAAAAAGCGUAAAAUUGAGAGUAUCGAUGGCAAUGACUCUAAAAAUAUUAAAUUAGAAUUUAGUCAGGAUGAAAAUAAUUCAAUGAACAGUGAAGUCUCAAUAAAAAAUGAAAUUUCUACUGGCACACCAAUUCCUAAAAGAUCUGUUACUUUAAAACAAGAAUCUGGUAAAAUUAUUGACUCUUUGAACCCUCAAAACUUGGAAAUAUCUGCAGGUUAUCAUUCGGAAGGUAAAUCCUCAAAUGAUGAUCAAACUGUAUCAAAAGUCAGAAUACAACCAAUAUAUGAUCCUAUAAAAUACAAAUUCAGAACUAUGAGGCAAAAUCUGAUCGAAGUAUCCGAUGUAUUGGAUGAACAAAUCGAAAUUUUUACCAAAUUAAUUAUGGAAAGCUUCAAAUUGCCUCCCUCUGACUUUGCUGACCCAACAGUCCAGUCUCAAUCAUCUGUAUAUUGCGUGGGUAGGAUUGUUCCCGAUACAAUUACUAGUGAAGGUUUUUUAAAUCCCGAAUCUUUGUCCUUAGAGACAUCUCGAGUUAGUGGUAUCGGUAGAAGAGUUAGACUAGAUUUAAGCAACAUAGAAGAAACGUCACUUUUUGCUGGCCAAAUUGUUGGUUUAAGAGGUAAAAACGCUAAUGGCGACUCUUUUUCUGUAGAGGAGAUACUGGAAUUACCAUACCCCGAAUUCCCAGUCUCGACAGAAGAGGAACUUCUAGAAUAUAAAACUCUCUUAGACAAUAAGUCAGAAAAAAUCUUAGUAACCAGUGGACCAUACAUUCCGGAUAAUAACUUUGACCUUUCUCACCUAGAGGAAUUCGUUGAAAGAGUGAACCAAGAAAUUAAACCACACAUUAUAAUCAUGUUUGGACCAUUUAUCGAUGUAACAAAUCCGAUAAUAAUGGCAGGGAAUAUACCACAUUUCCAGAACCUAAAACAGCAACCAAGGACACUGAACGAACUCUUUACAAAAUUGAUCACACCAAUAUUGAAAAAGAUCAAUCCGUCCACUCAAGUUAUAUUGAUUCCUUCAACUAAGGACGCGUUAUCACAACAUGCAUCAUAUCCGCAAGACUCAUUCGAUAGAAGAAUUUUACAACUACCAAAAAAUUUCAAAUGCUUCACUAAUCCAUCAACUUUUCAGUUGAACGAAACUUUCUUUAGUUGCUCAAAUGUGGAUAUUUUUAAGGAUAUGAAGGAAGUCACUAAAGGUGGUAAAACCUCCAUGUCCAAUAGGUUUGAUAGAAUUUCUACACAUCUUCUGCAGCAACGUCGUUUCUAUCCCGUAUUUCCGGGUUCAAUCAAGAGUAUGACCAUUCCAGAUCCAAACACGAAGGACACGAAGUCAUAUAAACAUGUUUCAGGUGCCGACUUGGAAGUUUCCUACCUUGGCCUAACGGAAUUCAUUGGAAACCUGGCGUCGGACAUUUUAAUCAUACCAAGCGAAAUGCACGCAUUUGCUAGGUGUGUCAAGAAUGUCAUAUUUAUUAAUCCUGGCAAAUUUAUAAGAAUGAAAGGUGGCAGAGGAACUUAUGCGCAGAUAAGUAUCAAUUGCCCUGACCUUAAUAAUGAUGAUUUUACCAAGAUUGAUGGCGAUGAAUCCGUCUACCUACACAAUAUAUGGAAGCGUUCGAGGAUAGAUAUAGUAAAUAAUUGA